AUGCUGAAACACUGGUAUUUUUAUAGCAGGAGAGCACCAGUAUACAAAUGUAAUAGGUGUUUGUCACAUGUGGGAACCAGAUAUCACUGCACUUUAUGUAAAGACUACGAUUUAUGUAUGACCUGUUACAAACAAGUAAAGCAUCAACACUCCAUGGAGAAACGGAAUGUUAAUUUGUACGACAAUUCUUUCUUCAGAUCAUCAGUUCUUCGUUACUACCAAGAGCAUGCAGGAACUCCAAUGUCUAAAAAAUUUAUAAAAAGGAUUAUUCGUUUACAUAAACACGCUUCCAAAUGUUUAGGUUGUAACAAUACAGAUUGUAAAAAUAUGAGGGGGGUGUUAAAUCAUGGUGUGAUAUGUAAAUUCAAAAUUGAUGGCAAAUGCCCUAUUUAUGAUAAAUAUUUUGAAAUUUUGAAGUGCUGCUGCACUGUGUAUUGUACUAAAGCUCCUUCCCACUGCCCUUCUGCCCACACAAACUAG